UUCUCCUAACCUGCUGCUUAAGUUCUCCUAAACCUGCUACGAAAAGGUAAUUUUGACAAAAGCUGUAUCCCUUCUAGACAAAACCGGUUGAUGCCCGAAUUUCCGACUUCUAAUUCCGAGUUGGAUGACCGUUCAAAAUUAUUUCCCAGUUGGAGCGCGUUUUUUCCCAGUUGUCUUGAACGCACUGAAGUCGGAGAUUUCCUAGUUUCGAGUUCCGGGUUGUCUUGAACAAACCAAGUAGCCUAGCCUAUUCUGAUCUGACGUUUGAGUUGCGAGUGCUACACCGCUCUGAGUUGGCAGUGUCAGUCCAAACUUCAUAGGUCAAUGGAAAGCACCGAAAGUGCAGGCACAUGUUUCCCAGGAACAGGUAGAGUAAAGUGAGAGGGAGAAAGAGCUGGUCAUGGAGAUAGAGCAACUGAAAGAGCAACAUGAGACUCUGAGAAGUGUCCUGAAGGAGCAACAGCAAGAGAUUGAUCGCCUCAAGUCUCUGACCACUAUUCCUGAUAAAUAUGAACGAGCAUUGAUCAAGAUCCAACAGCUGAAGAAGGAGCAAGAGGAUUUGAAAGGAAAGGUUGAGCUCCAAAGUGUGGAGAUUGCACAGCUGACCCCAAGGCUCAAAUCUGAGCAGGAGACCCGCAGACUGAAGGAUUACAUUCAUCUUCUACAGGAGGCUCGGACACAGUUGCACCAGGAGCAGCAGGCUUGCAACAAUACCCGCAGACGUGCAGAGAAAGCCGAGAGGGAACUGGAGGAGGUCUAUGAGCGCAUGGAGAGCACUUCCAUGACGUCUGCUCAGACCAAGCAGAAGAGCAGCAAACUAGAGAUGCAACUUUUAGAGUUACGCAGAAUCAUUGAGGAGAAAGAAAACAUAGCAGAGAUGGCUAAAGUAGAAAAUGAGGAGUUAUCCAGAGAAAAUCAGGACCUCAGAAGAGAUAUUGAGAGACUUCGCAAGGAGUUCACUGACCUCCAGGCUGCUCCAGUGUCCUUGGAGCAUCCCAGCCCUUAUGGCUCUCCAACUGACCCCACCCCCACUGAGGAGCAGCAGCUAGAUGUACUAUCUGCCUGUCUACCCUCUGGGAACCACUAUGAGACCCCAGAAACUGCUCCAAACUCCGAGGAGGAAGAGUUGUGCUUGCAGUGUCGUCACUGCCAUGAGUGGUUCCCUGGCAUCACCCAGGAUGAGCUGGAGCUGCACGAGGACAGCCACAGAUUGUGCCCCUACUGCAACCUCAUCUGUGACGGAGUGGAGCAUGCUAUAUUUGAAGACCACGUCUUCAGCCAUGAGGAGUUCACUGACCUCCAAGCUGCUCCGGUGUCCUUGGAGCAUCCCAGCCCUUAUGGCUCUCCAACUGGCCCAACCCCCACUGAGGAGCAGCAGCUAGAUGUACUAUCUGCCUGUCUACCCUCUGGGAACCACUAUGAGACCCCAGAAACUGCUCCACACUCCGAGGAGGAAGAGUUGUCCUUGGAGUGUCGUCACUGCCAUGAGUGGUUCCCUGGCAUCACCCAGGAUGAGCUGGAGCUGCACGAGGACAGCCACAGAUUGUGCCCCUACUGCAACCUCAUCUGUGACGGAGUGGAGCAUGCUAUAUUUGAAGACCACGUCUUCAGCCAUGAGGUGUAGAAAUGCCACAUCCUCACAACCCAUCAUACAGAGAGUUGCUGAGAGUAGACUAUAGAUGAUACUCUACGGAUGAUGUUUCUAACAACCCAUCAUACAGAGAGUUGCUGAGAGUAGACUAAAGAUGAUACUCUACGGAUGAUGUUCCUAACAACCCAUCAUACAGAGAGUUGCUGAGAGUAGACUAAAGAUGAUACUCUACGGAUGAUGUUUCUAACAACCCAUCAUACAGAGAGUUGCUGAGAGUAGACUAUAGAUGAUACUCUACGGAUGAUGUUUCUAA